AUGCCUAUUCUUAAAAAAAUAUAUAGUAACUACAAAAAAGAUGAAAAUAAAAAUGAAAAUGAGAAAGGGUGUCUUAAUUCUUCUGAAAAUUCUUAUGCAUUAAGAAGAAAUAAUGCAAGAAUUAAAAAUUCUGAAAAAUCAUAUUAUAAUUCAGUUCCUAAUUCCAAUAAUGUUUCUUCAAAUAAAAAUAUGUUUAAACUGGGUAAUAAUGAAAUUGAAAUUGGAAAUUUUGAGAUGCUAGAGCAUAUUGAAAAAUAUGAUAGUAAUGAAAAACAUAAUUAUCUAGAACAUUUUUUGGAUAAUGAACCUUAUUAUAUAUUUGAAAACUUAAAAAAUAACAAAAAAACAAAAUUUACAAAAGAUAAACUUUUAGUAGAAAAGAAUAAUCUAAUCAACUCACAAAAUUAUUUUCAUAAUACAUAUAAAAAUUAUGAAACAAAGAAUAAAGAUAUAAAAAGUUCCUAUAAAAAUGAAAUUUAUUUAAAUGAUUUUCCUAAAAAUUCAUUGAACUAUUUGAAUUCUUCAAAAUUUAUUGAUAUAUUUCGAAGAAAAAAAAUGAUUUCUCAUAAGCUAUGCUAUUUAUCAUUUUUGAAUAAUAAUUAUAGAAAAAAAAUUGACAAAUAUAGAAUAAGAAAUUUACAGAAAAAUAAAAUAAUUAUAGAUAAGAAAAAAAGAAAAAAUACAAAAAUAAAAAAUAAAUCAAAAAAAGACACAGAAAAUUGCAGGAAUCUAAAUUAUUCUCCUUUUGGCGGAAACCUUAAAAUAAAUAAAAUCGUCAACAAAAAAAUAGAUGAUCCCUUAAGCACAUUAAGAGUUUACAGAAAAAAUUAUUUAUAUAGUUUUAAAUUUAUAAAUGGAAAUUAUUCAGGAUUUAUUAGAAGAAAGAAAACCCCAAUAAGAAUUAGUAAACUGUUGAAGCUUCAAAAAAAAGGAAAAAGAAACUCCAAAAUGUUCGGAAAUAUAAUAAAUAAAAAUAAGCAAAGUCUUUUUGAGAGAAAAAAAAAAAUGUUGAAUUUAGAAGAUAAAAAUUUUGAAGGAGAAAAUGGAGUUACAGAAAAAAGAGAGGUAGAAGAAAAGCAAAAAAGUGAAGAAGGGAAAAGUGCUUUCAUAAAAGUUAUAAAAGAAAAAAAUUUAAAUGAUGUAAAGUACAAUUACGAAGCAAAUGAAGAAAAACAAGAAAUGAAUGACUAUAAAGCAUCAUUAAAAAAAUGUAGAAAUAACAUAAAUUAUUCAUUAUUUUUAGAGGACAGUUCAGCUGUUGAUGAACCAGGAAUAGAAAAUAAAAGUGAACAAGUUAUUGAUUUUGACCAUACUAAAAGUGGCCCAACUCUUAAAGAAAAUAAUAGAAAAAUUAAUAGUCAAGUGAAUCUAAAUAAUGGUGAUAAUUUUAUAUUAUCAUUUAAUUCAAAAGAUUAUAAGGAAUCAAGUUAUGUUUAUCCUAAUGAAAAAGACAAAGAAUCAUCUAUUUUAAAUAAACAUGACAAGUGUAUAAAUAAAUUAAACAUUGAAAGUAAAAAUGAAGAUGCAACACUUGAUAUUAAAAGGUUGAGUGAAAAUAAAAAUAUGCAGCUAAGUGAUAAUCUGAAUAUAGAUUUGAAUAUAAAAAAUUUAAAUGAAAAUCAUUUAAAUGAUAAAUGUAUAGAUGAUAAAGAAAAUAAUCAAUUAGGUAUGAUGGAAAACUCUAUUAAUGAUUAUAUAAUUGAUUCAUACUUAAAUAAUAAUUCUGAGAAUUUUGCGACAGAAAAUUAUAAAAUUUCUGAUUUUGAUAAUUUUUAUGUUAAUGAUUCUAUUCAAACUUUGAUAAAAAAUUGCGAUAAUAUUCUUAAAAAUAACAGAGAAAGUGAUUUGUUAAGUAAUUUUAGUGAAAGUAAUGUUCGUAUGGAUAGUAAUUGUGAAUUAGAUAUCAUUCAUAAUUUAAAUGAGCAUAAUUAUUUAAGUAAAAUAAAUAACUUAAAGGUAAAUGAUGUUUUAAAAGAAAAAAAUGAUUUAGUAGAAAUAAAUAAUUUAAAAGAAAAUAACUUUUUAAAUGAGAAAAAUGAAUUUAUAAAAAAACAAUAUUUAGUUCAAAAUAAUUCUUCAAAUAAAGAAGAAUGUACUAUUAAAGAGAAUGAUUCAAUAAAGAGUAAUUCUUUCCAGAAUUCAGAUAACAAUAUUCAAAAUAUUUGUAAUACAAGAACCUGUUUAUUAGAUAAAGAAAGUUUUAUUAAUAAAUAUGACACUUUAACAUCUUUAAACAAAUUAGUAAGUAAUAAUUCUGAUACCUUUUGUAAAGAAAAUGUUGAUUUAUUAAAAGUUAAGUACGAAUCAGAUAUAUGUUUAAAUAAUGAAAUAUAUAAGGAAAUUAAUUUAUAUAAAUAUUCUGAUAAUGAGCAGAAUAAGCAUUAUUUAAAUAUGACGGAAAAUUAUCAAGAUUUAAAAAAUCAAAAUACUGUAAAAAAUUUAUAUAUAAAAAAAAAAAAAAAAAAAGAGAAAUGUAAAAAUCUCUUCAAUUAUAAUUUAUCUUUUACAAAGUUAGUAACUUCAAAUAGCUUAUGUGAUAUAUACAAAAAAUGCGAUAUAAAAUUAAAAAAAAAGAAAAUUAAAAAUGAAACCAUUAUUUAUUUACGUAUUCCUAAAAUCAAAAAGAAAAUUUCUAUUUUAAAGAGGAAAAAAAAAAAAAAAACUGAAUUGAAGCAAUUAAUAAAUUUUCAAAAAGAAAAAAAAGAUACUAUAAACAACAAUAAAUUAAAAAAAAAAAGUAAUAAUUUAUUAAAUAAAAAAAAUAUAGAAAAAAAGAAGAAAAAAAAAUUCAUUAAAAAUAUUACCAAUAUCAUUAGAACCAAUGAACAUUACAACACUGAUAGCAUGUAUGAAAAACUAAAUCAUAUAUCAUCUUCUAAAAAUUUCUUACAACAAAAAUGUUCCACUAAACAUAAUAUUUGUGAUAAAAAAAAGGAAAUUAAUGGCAAUAAUGAUAAAUGUAUUACCAAUAAAAACAAUUAUGUGCAUAAUAUAAAAUAUAAUAGUGAUGAUUAUAAUUUUCAGAAUAAAAAAGAUGAACAUAAUUUAAAAUAUUGUAAAAUGAGAAUAAGUAACUGUUACAUAAAUAAAGACAAUUAUAUAAAUAAUAAUAAUUGUAAUAAUAAUGUUAAUAAAAAAAAUAUUAGUUACGAAAAAAGUAGUGAUAAUAAUAAUGAUAAAAAUAAUAUUCGUAAUAGUGAAAAUGAAAUUAAUAAAAAUUAUGAAAUAAAUGAAACUAUAUAUAAUAAAACAUUUGAAAGUAAUAUAAGCGAUAUGCAUAAUAAUUAUAACAAAGAUAGUAAAAAUUAUAAUAAAAAUUGUAAUAUUAUAUUAAAAUUCUUUAAUGAAAAUGAACAUUUAAGAGACUCAAGCUUUCAAAAAAAAUUGAACAAAAAUGAAAAAAGUUAUAAUUCUGAAUAUAUUAGAAUGGAAAAAAUGAUAAACAAUAUCAUGAGCUUAAACAAAAAAAAUACAAAAUCUGAUGAAUUUAUGAUUAAAAGUAACAAAAACAAUUGUGAAGUAUUUCUUAAUACAUACAAUUCCAAAAAAGUAAAUAAUACUACUAAAAAUGAAAAUAUAAAAACAGCAUACAACAGUGAUCAUAAUAAAGUGUUAUGCUUAAACCUUAAUAUUCAUAAAAAUGAAAACAAUAAAAUAAAUGUUAUAGAAACGAAAAAAAAAUUAGUAGAAAAAGUAAAGCUAAAAAAAAAUAAAGAAAAUGCUUUUAUAUAUUUAUAUGGGUAUAAAAAUUUAAAAUUUGGUGAAUUUUGCUUAGAUCUUCAAACACUAGAAGAAAAUUGUAAAUUAUUUCAAAAAUUAAAUUUAAGUGAAAAAAAAAAAUUAGCAAUUAAAAGAGAUGAUAUAACAAAAAAUUAUUACAAGAAUUUAUGUAUAAAUGGAAAAAAUGAGAAAAUUUGUAAAAUUAUUAGUGACUCUUUUAGUAUAGAAAAUUUUUUAACCUUUUUUACUCUUAUAAAAAUUAAAAAUAAAAUGAAUGUAUUUCUAAAUGAAAUCAGUAGCAUUAUACAAGAAAUAAAUAAUUUAAUUGUCUAUAUUGAUAGAAAAUUAUUAGAAAUUCCUAAUAUCAUGUCUAAUUUUGAAGGUAUUAAAAACAGAAAAAAUUCUUCAAAAUUUAUAAUAAUAAAAAAAUUUAUGAAUUUUUUUUUAAAUAUAACAACUAUAUAUAGUGAUAUUUGUAACAAAGUAAAAACACAAAGUUCUGUUUUUGCAUUUAUUAAGUUUAACCAUGAAAUAAUUAACAAUUAUUUACUUUUUAUCAAGAAAUUUUCAAACUAUAUAUCAUAUAGUGCCCUAGAAAUACAAAACUAUUACAAUAAAAUAAAAAAUGUAAACAGCAAUAUAAAAGGAGUAUAUUUAAGCAACGAACAAAAAGUUUUUUAUAGAAAUAUUUAUAACAAGCUAACUGAUCACCUAAAAAAUAAUUAUGAAAAAAUAUUAAUUUUUAAAAAAAUUUUAGAUAUAUAUUUAAUAGAAUUGAAAAACUUUAAAAAAUAUCAAAAACAAUAUAUAUUUAAUAAAGUAAAUAUUUUAAUUAGCUCAAAAUGCCCAUAUGAUCUUUUAAUUUUUUCAAUAAUAAUUCAGUGUAAAAAUUUAUGUGAAAUAAGUAUAAGAAAUAUAUGUAACAAUUUUGAUUUUAAUAAUUUUCAAAAAGAAAAAAAUUUUUACUUUCUUUUUUUAAAUAGAAAAAUAAAAAAUACCUUUCUAAAGAAAAUUAAAAAAAUAGUAAGUGCCGAUGUAUAUACUGAGUUAAAAAAAAUCCUUUUUUAUAAACAACUUAAUAGACUCAUGAAUAAAUCUUUAAGUAUAAAAACUGAAGAAGAAAAUAAAUUAAAUAGAAAUUAUGAAAAUAAUUCUCAAGGAGAAUUUUAUAACGAAUGUUUAAUUAGUUGUUUUGAAGUUAAUAAAAUCAAUUUAAAGAAAAAAAAUGAACUAAGAGAGGAUCAAAAAGAUAAUAAAAAAAAAAAGUCUAUAAAAGAAAAAAAAGGAAGGAUAAAAAAAAAUGAUAGUUUUCUAUCUAAUGUUACAACUAAUAAUUUAUCUACAUGCUCUUCAAUGAAUAAUUAUGAAAAUAUGAAAUAUUUAGAAAAUCUAGAUCAAAUUUUAAAAACUAACAACACAUUAUCAUUAGUGAAAAAUAUUAGAAAAUCUUUAAAUAUAAACAGUCAUUGUAAAUCUAAUGAUUCUUCAGAAGAAAAAGAAAAACUGAUAGAAGAAAAGAAAAUUAUGAACUCCUUACCCAAUGUAGAGCACAAAAACAUGAAUACAAAAUAUGAUGCCUCAAAAAAUUUCAUUAUGUUAAAUUCAUUAAAAAAAAAGAAAUCUUUAAAAAAUGAAAUAAAUAGUUUAAAAAAUAUUUUCAAAAAUUAUGAAUUAGAAGCAGAAACAGAAAUAAAGAAUAAAAACAACAAAAAAAAUAAUACAAAAAAAAUAAUUUUUGAAGAAAAUGUAAAUAAAUUUUAUUUUGAUAGCUUUAAUGAUAAUUAUCAAAAACCAUGUAAUUUAUCUAUUUGUAACUUAAAAGAAAAUAUUUCAAAAAAAAAUUAUAUAAAUCAUAAAAAUCUAAAAACAAAAAAUUAUAGUGAAUUCUUACAAGAUUCAAAAACUAAUAAAAGUAAUAUCGGAGUAUAUGAAGAACAUAGGAAUCAAUCUUGUUUAAGUGAUAUUAAUGGAAAAUUAAAAUUAGAAAAAAAUAACUGUCAAAAAAAAAAAAUGAAAAUCAUUGAAAACAUCGAAAAUAUAAAAGAAAUUGAAAAAAAAUACAAAAGAUUAAAAGAUAUCGAAAGAAAAGAGAAACUUAAAAAGACAUUACAUGAAUUAAAACUAAAAAAAAUAACAAAAAAAAAUAACAUGAAUAUAUUAAAAAAUAGAGCAUUAAAAACAAAAAGAGAAUUUUGUACAUCUUUGGUUAAAAAAGAUAUUAACGGAUUUAAUACUAUAAUAAAAUUUAAAAUAAAUAAUGAUGGGUAUUAUGAAUCACAAAAUAGGAAAAAUCAAAAAACUUUUGUUGAUAAGCAGCAGGAAAGGCAUAAUGAUUUCAAAAGUGGAUUUUAUUUAAUAAACAAAAAAAAACUUGAAAACAUUUUUGAUAAGGAUAACAGAAGUAAUUCAUAUGCAAAUAUUGACUAUAUAAAUGUAUCUUCUAGGGAUAUAAACGAAAUAAAUAUACUUAAUAACAAUGAUGAUGAUAAAUUUCUAUAUUUGCAAUUAGAUGAAUUUGGUAUUUCCAAUAGAAGAAACAUAAAUGGUUCAAGUAAAAAUAACAUUCUUAAUAACCAUUUUAAUAAUUUAGGAAAGAAAUCAACUAAGAAAAAUGAAUGUGAAGAAUUAUACAAACUAAAUAUUAAUAAUAAAAUUACUAUAGAAGAAAAAGAAAACACUAAUUUAGAAAAAGAUGAUGCUAAUACUUUAGAUAAGAAUAUCAUUCAUGAUAUGAAAAAAAAUGAAGAAAAUGAAGAGAAUGUUCAUGAUUUGAAUUUUGACAAAAAAGUAUUUCAAUCAAAGGAUUCUGAUGAAUCAUUUAUAUCUGGCAUCAAAUAUUCUAAUGAAAAUGGUAAUACAUCACUUUUUUUAAAAACAAAAAAUUUCACUUCACAUAACAUAAAAUAUAAGUUAUCUGACUAUUCUAUGCAUCUAAAAGAAAUCAAAAAUAAUAAAUUUUCAGAUAAUAAAGAAAAUGCAGAUUACUUAGAUAACCAGACAAAUAAUGAUUACAUUAAAAAUAUGAUGAUACUAAAAUCAGAAAAUUACAAAAAAUUAAAAGAUUCUAAUUGUUUAAAUAAUAUAACUCCUGGAAAAAUGAAAUUAUCGAAAAAAUAUUGUGAGUUAAAAAAUAUUUAUGAGAAUCAAGAAAAAAACAUAUUUCAAAAAUUCUUUAAAACAGAAAAAAAAAUUAUCCCAUAUAUGGAAGAGAAAACAAAAAGAAAUAAAAAAAUUGAAAAUUGUGAUAAUCUUUCUAAAGAUAAACUCAAUUACGAACUAGGCCAACAACUCCAGCUAAAUAUAAAUUCAUCAAAAAUUCAAAAUGCAAAAUUAAUAAAUUUCCAAAGCGAUAGAAAUUCUCAUAUUAAAAAAAAGUUUUUACCGGAGCCUUUUCUUAUAUGUAGUACAUAUAAAACAAAUGAAUCAGUAAAAAGAAGACAAAACAUUGAUAAAUAUGCUAAAGAGCUUAGAACUUUAGCUUCAGAAAAAAAAAUUGAUAGAUCUAUGAAAAAUAUUAAAAAUAUAGGAAGUAAAAUUAAAAAAAUAAAUAUUAUUGAAGAAUUAGAAAAAAAAAAAAAUGAUCAUACAAUAAAUAAGGAAAUUUUUAGAGAUGGAUACGUUUUGUUAAGCAAUAAAAAUCCCAAAUGA